AUAAAUAGUGAAAAAUAGUUUUUCUUAUUCCUUUUUCAUUCUUUUGUCACUUUGCAGACGGAAACUAGAAAUCCGAACCAUGUUAGCAGAGAAAACAGCAUCCACUACGGCUGAUGUAGUACACACAGAUGUUAAACUAGACUCUAUCAAUGAAGUAACUAUAGAAGACAUACAGAAAAAGACCUUGGAGGCCUUUUCGGAUGAAGAGAUAUUACAGAACAAUAUAAAAUUGACGCAUGUGCUCACAAGAAAACUUGACAGACGAUUACUUCCUACCCUAUGUGUAUUAUACCUUUUAAGUUACAUUGACAGAUCAAACAUCGGCAAUGCAAAACUUGGCGGUUUAGAGGAGGAUUUGCAUAUGUCUUUUUCGGAAUAUCAGUGGUCUCUUUCAAUCUUUUACUUUUCGUACGUUCUCUUUGAAUUGCCUUCUAACAUCAUCAUGAGAAGAUGGCGGCCGUCUUACUGGUUAGGUAUUCUUAUGUUUGCUUGGGGAACUGUUGCUACUGCUAUGGCGGCAAGCACUAGCUUUGCAGGUAUUGCUAUUUGUCGAUUUCUUUUGGGUCUAUUCGAAGCUGGUUUCUUCCCUGGAGUUAUUUAUUUCAUGUCAUUAUGGUAUACGAGAAAAGAGUAUGGUCGGCGUGUUGGAUUUUUCUGGUCAUUUAGCAGUUUAGCAGGUGCUUUUGGUGGUUUAAUUGCCUUUGGCAUAGGGCAGAUUAAAGAUGAUAGAUUGGCUACAUGGCAAUGGCUCUUUAUUAUUGAAGGUGUCCCUUCUGUUGUCUUGGCUAUUUUUGCUAGUUGGUACCUACCUAAUAAACCUGAAACUGCAAAAUUCUUAACAGAAGACGAGCGUCGUCUUGCAGUCAGCCGAUUGGCUGCUGAUGCUGGAGGUUCUAAUGAUCAUUCUUGGGCUUGGGCGCAAGUGGCAUCAGUUUUUUAUGAUUGGAAGACCUAUCUUUAUAUGCUUAUUUACAUUCUAGGGACUAUUUCACUCCAAGGUGUUACACUCUUUCUACCUUCCAUUGUAGCCAAUAUGGGUACGUGGAAUAAAGCUGUAGCUCAAGCAUUGACUGUACCCCCUUAUUUUUUUGCCUUCAUUGCUACUGUCGCUAUAAGCUGGAGUUCUGAUCGAUACAUUGAAAGAGCAUACCAUAUGAUUGCUAUAAAUGUAGUGGGUCUCAUAGGUUUGCUGCUUUUAAUACUCCUUCCGGUAAGCCGUGUAUCAGGUUUAUACUGUGCAGCCUGUCUGGUAGUCAUCUCUGUGUAUGCGAAUGUUGCUGUGAAGGUCGCAUGGUUCAAUAACAACUAUGGUGGGCUCACUCGACGCGCCGUUGCUUCUGCAGCAAUUGUUAGUUUUGGUACAAUUGGCGGUGCUAUAGGAGGGCAAAUCUAUUACGAUCCUCCACAUUAUGUAGCGGGUAACACGAUCGCACUUUCUUGUAUGGCUGCGCAAACUGUAAUAGUCAUCAUAUUACGGCUAUUACUCGCUAGAGAGAACAAAAGGAGGGACAACUUUUCAGAGGAGCAAAAAGAGCUACAGAUUCAUAAAUAUGGUGGUGUUGAUCUGGUCGGUGAUCGUCAUUGGUCAUUUAGAUACAUUUUAUAACAGCGUUUUCGUCUUUUUUUUUAUGCCCACAACACAAAACGCAUUUAAAGGAAGUCCAAUUGCUCUUUUAUGCUUAUAUUUGUAUAAUGUAUAUUUAUCCGUAUAAUCUAUUUAUUUGAGUUUCGAUGCGUUAUGAGUCGUCUGUCCUUGUAGAAGUAAGAUAAAAACAUUGCGAAAUCUUAAUCGACUUUUUUUCGUUUUGUUUGCUUUAGUCUUUAACAGUUUCGUUCAAAACAAUAUGGAUAGUUGAUUUAUUGAAAAUACUCCUUGAGCAGAGGCUGGAGUAUGCAUGUUAAUUAUCAGUAGCAUUGUUUGCCCCGUUAUUGAAGUUUUCGUAAACUCAUGU